AUGAGCCCCCACAGGUUCCCGGAGGAGACCACUGAGAGAAACUCAAGAACAAAAUGGAAGCCCAUGGCCAAAGAUGCUUUCAAAGACAUUUCCAUAUACUUCUCCAAGGAAGAAUGGACAGAGAUGGGAGACUGGGAGAAAAUCCGAUACAGGAACGUGAAAAGGAACUAUGAAACACUGAUUACCAUAGGUCUCAGAGCCCCUCGACCAGCUUUUAUGUGUCACCGCAGGCAGGCCAUCAAACCCCAAGUACAGGACACUGAGGAUUCCGAUGAAGAAUGGACACCAAGGCAGCAAGUCAAACCUUCUUGGGUGGCAUUCAGAGUGGAGCAGAGUAAACAACAAAAGGGAAUCCACAGGGUGCCAUUAAGUAAGGAAUCUAGUUUGAAGGAAUUAUCAGAAACAGCAAAGUUGCUGAACACAAGUGGCUCAGAGCAGGGCCAGAAACCAGUGUCCCUUCCUGGAGAAACAAGUACCUCUGGACAUCGCUCUAGACGAAAACUCGAGCUCAGGAGAAACGAGAUCAAAGUGAAGAUGUAUAGUCUACGAGAAAGAAAGGGCUUUGCGUACCAAGAGGUCAGCGAGCCCCAGGAUGAUGACUACCUCUACUGUGAGAAGUGUCAGAAUUUCUUCAUUGACAGCUGUGCUGCUCAUGGGCCCCCCACAUUUGUAAAGGACAAUGCAGUGGAUAAGGGGCAUCCCAACCGCUCAGCCCUCACUCUGCCCCCCGGUCUGAGAAUCAGACCGUCGAGUAUCCCUGAAGCUGGGCUUGGAGUAUGGAACGAAGCAUCUGAUCUGCCAUUGGGUAUACACUUUGGCCCUUAUGAGGGUCAGAUCACCGAAGAUGAAGAGGCAGCCAACAGCGGAUACUCCUGGCUGAUCACCAAAGGGAGAAACUGCUACGAGUAUGUGGAUGGGAAGGAUAACUCUUGGGCCAACUGGAUGAGGUAUGUGAACUGUGCCAGGGAUGAUGAGGAGCAGAACCUGGUGGCCUUUCAAUACCAGAGGCAGAUCUUCUACCGAACCUGCCGGGUUAUCAAGCCAGGCUGCGAACUGCUGGUCUGGUACGGGGACGAGUACGGCCAGGAGCUGGGCAUCAAGUGGGGAAGCAAGUGGAAGGGCGAGCUCUCAGCAGUGAAAGAACCAAAGCGAGAGAUCCAUCACUGUCCCUCCUGCUCUCUGAGCUUCUCCAGUCAGAAGUUCCUCAGCCAACAUGUGGAAUGCAAGCACUCUUCUCAGAGCCUCCCACAAAUAUCUGAAAGAAAACAUUUGCAACCAAAGAAUCCCUGCCCAGGCGAUCAAAAUCAGCAGCAGGAGCAGCAGCAACAUUCUGAUCCACACAGCUGGAAUGACAAAGCAAAAGGUCGAAAGUUCAAAGAAAGGUCCAGACCUUUGCUUAAAAGUAUAAAGCAGAGGAGAAUUUCAAGGGCAUUUUCCACCCCAUGCAAAGGACAAAUGGGGAGCUCUACAGUGUGUGAGGGGAUGGUGGAAGAAGGGCCCAACACAGACCAGAAUUUGAAUUCAGAGGAUACAGGCAAAUUAUUCAUGGGGCCAGAAAUGACACACACAGGGGAGAAGCCCUAUGUUUGCAGGGAGUGCCGGCGAGGCUUUACACAGAGGUCAGGUCUCAUCUCACACCAGAGGACACACACAGGGGAGAAGCCCUAUGUUUGCAGGGAGUGCCAGCGAGGCUUUACACAGAGGUCACGUCUCAUCUCACACCAGAGGACACACACAGGGGAGAAGCCCUAUGUUUGCAGGGAGUGCCAGCGAGGCUUUACACACAGGUCAAGUCUCAUCAGACACCAGAGGACACACACAGGGGAGAAGCCCUAUGUUUGCAGGGAGGAUGGACAAGGCUUUACCAAUAAAUUGCCUCUCAGCUAACAAUGGAGAACAAAUGUAGCCACCACACACUCUGAGGGAGCUUCAGAAGAAGCCUACAGACAGACCCCUUACACUCCCCCAAGAAUAUAAUGAGAGCAGAUAGAACAGGUUAAACAAAUCCGCUACUUUCAGGGCAGGAGAUAAGGUAUACAAACAGGGGAAGAUUCCUUGAGUGUUCUUGGGAAUAUUGACCCCCAAUCCCUUCCAUGGUGUUUUGGCCCCCUGUUCCAAUAAAUUUUUGUGCAUACAAA